AGUCAAAUCGCAUGUGUGUGUCAAAACAAACCGCAUGCGUUCAAAUCAAACAAACCCCAAGUUUCAAGGGCAAUAUUUUAGAAUCGUCCAACCGGCGUUAAUUUUUCCGUAGUUUUUCUCGUGCGUUUUUGUGCUACAAUGGAAGCUCUAGAGGAAAUAGUUCAAUUUCUAUCAAAAUCAGCACGUCUCGAUCUGCGGGUCGUAUCGGUCUCACAUGUGCUUGGAAUUACAGGCUCAGUGGAAGGCAUAAAAUUGUUGAUUGCAAAUGACAAGCUGUUAACUAACCUGCUCGAUCUAACAUCCGAUGAGUCGGUGGCGAAGGAUGCCGUCCUGUGUCUCGUUAACAUCACGGCAGAAGAGAUCGGAGCCGCUGUGGUAGUCGAGAAGCUUGCCGAACGAUUGGUUCCAGCAGCAUACGAAGCGAUACUGAACGAAGACUGCAAGCUUAGCGAUGCCUGGUGUAUGGUUCUGUGCAACAUCACUCGCCCGGAGCAACUCGUCGAACCGGUCCUAAAGCAUUUGUUGGCGAUAGAGUUUGCGCUGGAAAAGCUUACCACGUGCUUUACGCGCAUUAACUACAACAAGCAAAAGUGCCAUCUCAAUUAUCUCGGCCCAUUGUUUAGCAACGUGUCGCAGAGUAAGGCGGGCCGUGCCGUGUUUUGCAACCAGACGACGGGGCUGCUGGGCCGAUUGCUUCCGUUUGUACACCACGAUGGAAGUAUCGUGCGGCGGGGUGGAGCUGUCGGGUUGCUUAAAAACGUUUGCUUCGAUUCGUCCGUGCACGAGUGGCUGCUGAGCGAGGAGAUGGACGUUCUGCCCUUUAUCCUGCUACCGCUCGCCGGACCGGAAGAGUUUGAUGAUGAGACGAACGAAAAGCUACCGGUAGAUUUGCAAUACCUCGGUCCGGACAAGAAGCGUGAGGAGGAUCCGGAUGUGCGCAAGAUGCUGGUGGAGUCGCUAGCACAGCUGUGUGCGACACGGAAGGGAAGGCAGCAUUUGCGGGACCACGGCACGUACGAGAUUUUGCGCGAAUUGCACAAAUACGAAUGCAGCCCGGAGGGAGAUAAGGUCGUGCUGGCAGCGGUGGAGAAUGUGGUGGACAUAUUGAUAAGAACGGAGGAAGAAAUUGGGGAGGAUAAUCUGAAGCAGCUUGAAAUUCCGGACGAUGUGAAGGCAAAAAUCGAAAGCAUGAGCGAAGCAAACGAAAAAUAGAAACGCCAAUUCCAUACCGAC